AUGUCUGGACGUGGUAAAGGAGGAAAAGCUAAGACCGGAGGAAAGGCCAAGUCUCGUUCUACCAGAGCUGGACUUCAAUUCCCAGUUGGUCGUCUUCAUCGUAUGCUCCGCAAAGGUAACUAUGCUCAACGUGUAGGAGCUGGAGCCCCAGUCUAUUUGGCUGCUGUCCUUGAAUACCUCGCUGCUGAAGUUCUCGAAUUGGCCGGUAACGCUGCCCGCGAUAACAAGAAGUCGAGAAUCAACCCUCGCCAUCUUCAACUCGCCGUCAGAAAUGACGAAGAAUUGAACAAACUUCUUUCUGGUGUCACCAUCGCUCAAGGAGGAGUUCUUCCCAACAUCCAGUCUAUCCUUCUCCCCAAGAAGACCGCCGGAGAAAAGGAAUAG